UUGCAACAGAUAAGCUUUCAAGCAUUCGUGUGAAAAUAAUAUGCAGGUGAAGUGAAGGUCCAGUAGAAAAGCAGAUGUGUCUUGCUUACGAGAAGCAGCAAUACAUGAGCUAUCUGAGCAUUAAUUCAUGUCGCAAGUGUAUAUAUGCAUGCAGAGAUUGAUCAAAGAAAAGAAAUUAAAGAGUGGAAUUUAGAGAACACGAUCGAGUGUAUAGUAGUGUGUGGCAAUGGCGGCUGCCGGCGGCAAGAUCAAGACGGUGGUGGUGCUGGUGAUGGAGAACCGCUCCUUCGACCACAUGCUGGGCUGGAUGAAGUCGCUCAACCCGGAGAUUGACGGCGUCACCGGCGACGAGAUCAACCACCUCGACGCCGCCGACUCCUCCUCCAGGGCUGUCCGCUUCGGCGACGGCUCCGAGUACGUCGACCCUGACCCGGGCCACUCCAUGCAGGCCAUCUACGAGCAGGUGUACGGCACGCCGUUCGUCGACGCGCGCGCCACGCCGAUCACCCCUCCCGGCGUCUCCUCGCCGCCGAUGACCGGCUUCGCGCAGCAGGCGGAGAAGGAGAAGCCCGGCAUGGCGGAGACCGUCAUGAACGGCUUCAGGCCGGAGGCCGUGCCGGUGUACCGGGAGCUGGUGCGGCAGUUCGCCGUGUGCGACCGCUGGUUCGCCUCCAACCCGGCGUCGACGCAGCCCAACCGGCUGUUCGUCCACUCGGCGACGUCGCACGGCCUCGUCAGCAACGACACCAAGCUGCUCGUCGCCGGCCUGCCGCAGCGCACCAUCUUCGACUCGCUCCACGACGAGGGCUUCUCCUUCGGCAUCUACUACCAGUACCCGCCGUCGACGCUCUUCUACCGGAGCUUGCGCCAGCUCAAGUACGUCGGCAACUUCCACCCCUUCGACCUCGCGUUCCGGCGGCACUGCGCCGAGGGCAAGCUGCCCAACUACGUCGUCGUCGAGCAGCGCUACUUCGAUCUCAAGAUCCUCCCCGGCAACGACGACCACCCCUCGCACGACGUCUCCGAGGGCCAGCGCUUCGUCAAGGAGGUGUAUGAGGCGCUGCGCGCUGGGCCGCAGUGGGAGGAGACGCUCCUCGUCGUCACCUACGACGAGCACGGCGGCUUCUACGACCACGUCCCGACGCCGGUGGGCGUGCCCAGCCCCGACGGCAUCGUUAGUGCAGCCCCCUUCUUCUUCGAGUUCGAUCGCCUCGGCGUCCGCGUGCCGGCGCUCUUCAUCUCGCCAUGGAUCGAGCCGGGAACGGUGGUGCACCGGCCGUCGGGGCCAUACCCGACGUCGGAGUUCGAGCACUCCUCCAUCCCGGCCACCAUGAAGAAGCUGUUCAACCUCAAGAGCUUCCUGACCAAGCGCGACGCCUGGGCUGGCACCUUCGACGUCGUCCUCACGCGCGACACGCCACGCACCGACUGCCCCAGCACGCUUCCGGAGCCGGUGAAGCUGCGGCCGACGGAGGCGGCGGAGCACGCGGCGCUGACGGAGUUCCAGGAGGAGCUGGUGCAGCUGGGCGCGGUGCUCAACGGCGAGCACGCCGACAAGGACGUGUACCCGCACAAGCUGGUGGAGGGCAUGACGGUGGCGGAGGCGGCCAGGUACUGCAACGCCGCCUUCAAGUCCUGGAUGGAGGAGUGCGACCGGUGCAGAAAGUGCGGCGAGGAUGGGUCCCACAUCCCCACGGUGGUGAAGCCGCCGCCGUCGACGUCGUCCUCAGGCUCUACUAGCUCCUUUGCUUCCAAGAUGCUGUCUUGCUUUGCGUGUGGCCGUUCUUCCUAAGGAGAAGAUGACUAAUUAGUUGCUUCCUUAAUUUGCUUGUUAAUUUUACAGAUUAUUCAUUUGGCUGUGCAGGGAAGAGUACUGUACGGAGGCUUGUGCAUUUUAUACAGUGAUACCAUUGCUGUGUA